AUGAAAGGUAAUAAAAAUGGUAAAAUUCUUUUUGAUCUUCCAGAAGAACAGCAGAAAGACCUUGCAACCAUCUUAGAAGACUUCUUUCGGUUUAAAAAUUCAAAUUACACAACUUCGUUCUAUAAUAUGUUGAAAAUAUUGUCUUUUCUAACAUACGACAAAUACAAAGAUUUUCUUAAGAUACAAGUAGGGCGAUAUAUCGUUGAAAAAUGGGAUACUUACAAAGAAGAAAACCUUUUUAAACAUUUCGAAGAAAUUUUAAAUAGUUCUCAUAUAUACAAAUACCAUUAUACUGCUUUAUUACUGUUACUUACCCAUCCUGAUGCAGUACAACCAUUUUUAUACAGAUUUAAUAAGCAUUCACUAGGAGAUAGUUCAAUUCUAUCUCUUUUUGUCAAAACAGUCAUUGAAAUGUUGAAUAACUACGAAUUUGACCUCCAACAAUCCGGAUAUCAAGGAAAUCCAGCAGAAUCAUUAUAUCUUAAUCAUUUAAUUGAAGUUUUAACAUGUAUAUUUGUUAAUCAAUGGAAAGAAUCAAAUGUGUUUCUACAUAAUAUAUUUUUCAAGGAGGUUCUUCGUCCAAUUGUCGAAUUUUUAUUAAGAUUUGAUUGUCACAAAAAAAUUCAAGACAUCAUAGAAAGAAUCUUCCAAGAAAAUUAUUUACCAUACGAUGAUUACAGUUUACAAGACCAGCCAUUGAACUACGAUCUCUAUAUGAAUUAUUUAAUUCAUUAUUCAAUUAUUAACGACAAAAGUUGCAGAUAUCUUCUAGAAAACAGAUUAGAAGCAUAUAAGAGUGAUUUUCAUCUCAAUGGUGAAGAACAAAUAAUCAAUUCUUACUCUGAAAAUCUGAAUCCGAAAGAUAUCCAAGAAUUUUGGAACAUUGUUAAAGCAGCAAGAUAUUAUGAUCAAAUACAUGGUGUGCCACUUAUGAUUUCCAUAUUUAACUUCUUUAAGCAAUAUGAUUAUAUUGAAUAUUGUUGGGAUUAUGAAGAUAUAUUUUUUGAGGCCAUAAUUAUAUCAAUGAGAUAUGAAGAAUCAUGGCAACUAUAUCACAAUAACUAUAAUGAGUUCAUUUCUAGAAAUUUAACUCAAUAUUUGAAAGAAGAAAACUUUCCUAAGUUUGAAAUACUCAGAAGUUUCAAGAAUCGUAUGUGUAUGUUCCAAUACCCUGUUGCAAGUGCAGAAACAUCAAGUUUGAUCAUAAAAGAGAUUGAUUCUAUAAUUAAAAAGAAUAUUACAUUGUUUAGUGAACUCAAUAACCAUUAUGAAGCGUUAAAGAAUGAAAUGGAACCUAGAAACGAAGAUGAUCCUUUCAUCGAAAAACAAAUUUCAUUAUUUUUCUAA